UGGGAGGGAGAGUAGGAUGUGGGUUUGGCAAAUAGGAGAGAGCAUCAGACAUGGCUUCUAAAGAGAUCACUGCUUUUGGUUUCGUGAGCAAAGAAAUCACAGAAAGCAUCAAGAAGAUUAUCGAUAAAUCAUCGAUCAAGUUUAUUUAUGGAAUCAAGCUUGACGCCAAAAAUGGAAAAACAGAGGACAGGAUACUGGUCCUCACAACAUGGCGUAUUUAUUUCCUGGCUCCAAAGAUUCCCGCUAAGGUGGAAUCCACGUUCAACUUCUUGGAGAUUCGAGCUUUGAAUUCCCACCCUGAUCACCAGGUUAUCAUCGACACUGACAAGACCAGCUACUCCCUGAAGUUUGAGUCACGUGACCACCUCAAUCAUGUGGUCAGCCAUAUUAAUUACGCUCUGUCUCGAAUAUUCAACAACUCCAUUUUUGCCCCUUCCAUCUGUCAUUCAGACAGUGACCUUUCUGAGGGGAGCAGGAAGUAUUCACCCAGCUCAGAGACUUCAGUGGAGACUCAGAGGGCGUGUGGAGGCUUCUCGGAGACAUACGCCGCUCUGUGCGACUAUAAUGGCAUCAGCUGCAAGGAGGAAGUGCAGUGGGAUGUGGACACCAUCUAUCACUCCCAGGACAGCCGAGAGUUCAACCUGCUGGACUUCAGCCACCUGGAGAGCAGGGAUUUGGCGGUUAUUGUUGCAUCGAUGGCAUACAACACCUGGUUCACUAAACUGUACUGCAAAGACCUGCGGAUAGGGUCAGAGGUCACUGAGCAGGUCCUGCACACGGUCAGCAAAUCAUCCAGCCUGGAGGAGAUCACUCUGGAGAAUGCUGGGUUAAAAUCAGACUUCCCACAGAAGAUGUCAGCUGCUCUUUCAGAGAACCCUUCCUCUGUCAUCCACUCCCUCAACUUGGCCCACAACUCUCUGGACAACCAAGGAGUGUCCAACUUAAUUCAGCAGGUGUGUCGCCUCAGCAAGGGUCUUCGUCUCCUCAACCUCUCCAAGACUUCACUCACCUCCAAAGGAGUAGUGUCUCUCUCUCAGGCUCUGUGCUCCAGCGAUGAGUACUCUAACUCCCUCCUGCACCUUGACCUGAGCAAGAACCCCGGGGUCCUCUCGGGGGAGGAUUCCUCGAACUUGUAUCUGUUCUUGUCUCAGCCCAACUGCCUGGUCCAUUUGGAUCUGUCAGGCACAGAUUGCUCUGUGGACUCGCUAUUUGGGGCUCUUCUGAGGGGGUGUUGCGCCGAUCUUUCCUUUCUGAAUCUUUCCAAAAAUUCCUUCUCCCACAGGAAAGUGAAGGACACGCUGCCGCUGUUAAGUCAGUUCUUCAGCUCAGCCUUCAGCCUCACUUAUGUCAGUAUGGCCUCUAUGAAGCUGCCCCCUGAUGUUCUGAGAGCUCUCCUAACAGGGUUAACCUCCAAUCCUCAUAUCAAUGACCUUCAUCUCGACAUCAGUGGCUGUGAGCUAAGGUCUGCAGGAGCUGCUGUAAUCCAGGAGCUCUUCCCCAGGGUCUCCUCUAUCGGCACUCUGGAUAUCUCAGACAACGGUCUCGAUGCAGACUUGCUCACAGUACUGCCGGCCCUCUCCAGACACCCCUCCCUGAAACAUCUUCACCUGGGCAAGAACUUCAACAUCAAAAACAGGGUUCUGGAUGAAGUCCUGCAGAAGCUGGUGCAACUCAUACAGGAAGAGGAAUGUGCCCUGCAGUCUCUGUCCCUUAUCGACUCGCGCCUGCGCUCUCGGGGGACGGUGCUGGUUAACGCCCUGGGCAGCAACACCUGCCUGAAAAAAGUAGACCUGAGCGGGAACAACAUGGACGACAUCGGAGCCAAGAUGCUGAGCAAAGCCCUGCAGAUCAACACCACGCUCAGGAGUGUGACAUGGGAUCGCAACAACACCUCCGCAGCAGGAUUUCUAGAUGUUGCCAGAGCACUUGAACAUAACUUCAUCCUGCAGUAUAUGCCUCUACCCCUAAGUGACAUCAGCCAGGCGUACCGCAGCGCCCCCGAGAGGACAGAGCAGGCACUGACCAAGAUCCAGCGCUCUCUGGUGAGGAACAACCAGACUCAGCGCUUCUCUCAGAGGCAGGCUCUGCGGCUGCACCAGGGCCUGGUCACCAGCACUUCCGAACAGGUGAUGGAGCGCCUCUGCGUGCGUGUCCAGCAGCAGGUGUGUGUGUUACGAGGCGCCGGAGAGAUGGAGGAGAUUCAAGCUGCUAAACAAGUGUUAAAAGAGGCCAGGAACUCCCGUGCUCUGUACCCUUCACUGUGUGAGCUGGCUCAUGUGCUGUCUGUGGACGGGCCGGUGCGGCAGAAACUGGACUCUCUGGCUGGAGAACUCGCCAAAGCUGCAGACAAAGAGCUGCAGGUGAUCGUGGACUCCAUGGUGUCCCUUUGUUGUGAGCUCUGCCCUAUAUCUUCUUCUGCGGCAGAGAGGCUAAGUCCUCCACUAUCAUCCGUCUCCGAGCGCGUGUCCAUCCCUCGCUCUGCCAUCCGGACAGCUCUGAUGGAGAGAGCGGCGCAGGACAUCCACCGAGCCUUAGAAGAAGUGAAGCUGUCUGUAGUUUCUUAUCUUACAAACUCCAUCGUUGACCAGAUCCUGCAGGAGCUCUACGCCACCCAUAAGACCCUGAAUCGGCAGAUGUCUCAUUUUAAACGCUGGGACGGGACCUGUGAGGACGGGACUGGCUGGAGGUUCAACAGAAACAGAGACUCUCUGGACAUCACAGAUGAGGAGUUCAGCACCAGCAUAGAUACAAUAGCCAUUAAGAAGCGCAGCUCGAGAACAAGACGAAUUCGACCUGUCUCCACCAGGCUGAGUCUCUGUGACGACUCCAGCUCCUCUCCACCCCCCUCGGUGCCGUCAUACUCCUCCCCGCUGUCCCGCUCGGCAUCCUGGGAGGGCCUGUCGGAGCUGCCUACACAGGGUCUGCCACUCCACCAUGUGACACGGGUUAGGCCGAGGCCUCCGCGGAGGCAUAAAGGAGGACACAUCCCUGCUGAUACUCAUUCCAGUGAAAAUGGAGGAAUAAGCCCCCUUGAUGACGGGCUCCCAGAUUUCUAUACCAAAAGAGUUCUCCCUGACAGUCAGCUGUCCUCUCUGCACAAAGCGCACUCGCUGAGGAGGAAGAAGAGGAGAAAUAUGCUGGCCAUCUUCGGUUUUCGCAAGAACCGCAACCAAACUUUGUCCAAUCAGGAACCGGAGUCUGAAGCAGAGGUUUAUUCAGACGGGUGUCACUUUGUGGCCACAGCACCCACAGGGACAGCCACAGAGAAUGUAUACACACUCCUUCAGCCUCCGAGGUCCUCUGCAAGAGCUGGAUCUCCUGGUGAAGGGGCUGAUGGGAAAACUAUUGAUCACCAGGGGGAAAAUGCUCUAGUUUUAAGUCCGCCACCUGUGCCAGGCAUCCCUCACCCGGGCAUGGGAGGAAGCAAACACCGCUUCUUUUCUCACAGAGAGAAAUCUGAAGUGGACGCUGUGUUUGAACAUCCGUCAGAGUCAGACAGGUACUGGAUGGACAACAAACAAAGGGCAGGAGACACUCUGCACCCAGACAAGCCGUGGAUAGAGGCCAGGCAAGGGGACGAACCAGCAGAGAAACACGCAGAAAGACAGCGGUUUGAUAGCAGGCCGCAAGACAGAACACCUGGAGAGCCGAGGACAAUAGAACGACAACCAGACAGGUACUGGACCGAGAGCAGACACUUGGACAGACAGUGGACUGUUGACAGACACACCCAGCGGCAGAUUGACAGAAAGAUAGAGAGGCAGUGGAUGGGCGGCAGACAGAUAGACAGAUUGUGGUCAGAGAACAGGCCCACAGACUUACAGGUGGACAACCAGGGGACAGAGAGCAGACAAGGAAGCAAAAAGACAGAGAGACAAGUGCAGACGCUUAUUUUGUCUCAAAGGCCGCUGCCUCCGUACCCGUCGGACAGGACGCCUUCGCCACAACAGGAUAAGGAUCCUCUGAAAAGCGCAGAGGCAGCAGCUCCAGACUGGCAUCAGCAGGACACGCAGGACAGAGACAGACAAAUGUGUCCCGACGCUGGUGGAGGGUUCACAGAGGGAUGGAGGAGCAGCGGAGGAGGAGGGGGUCGAGCUGCUUCCUGUUCAUCUAAACCCGAUCCCCCGCCACAAAGCAGCAAACCUUUAUUGUCCAAACUGAGAACCAGACACCGCCUCGAGAGCGCAGACACUCUACCAGAGGAGGAAGGCGAGGUAGAGGAACAUGGAAAGACGGAAAAGAACGAGAGAGAAAAAAGAAGAGACUCGGAGGGUCACCCUCCUCCGAUCCCAGAAAAGCCAAAGACGUCCUCGUAUGUAACAUUUCCAAAAGAAUCAGCCAAUGAGAGGAACCUACCUCCCCCUCCUGUCCCACCUCCUACCAACAAGCCUCUGCACGGGUUACCAGACCGAGCUGCAAGUCAAGGUGAAGAAGGAUUAAGACCUCAGGCACCGGUGAAACCACAGAGAAACAGAAAGGCCAUGUCUUGUGACGCAGGCACUGACAGGGAAAGCCCUAAUAGCGUUGAGAAGCCCCCAAAUCGCAAACCCCCUGUGAAAAAACCUAGACUACCCCAAAACAGAAAUAAGUCACUGGACAUGUCUGACGGCUUCGACUCAGCCUCUAGUCACAGCGAGCUCUUGUGAUUCCCGGGAAAAUUCACCCGCCGCUGUCCGGCCAAAGCGUUGUCAUGACAACUAUGGAGCAUUUAAUCCAACGAGGAAACAAAGAAACGCCACGAAGAGGGGGAGGGCCAGGGAGAAAAUGUGUGACAGACAUCAUAAAGCAUCAGCCUCUGUUGAAACACUCGGACUGCGUCUUGGUUUUCCUCUCACAUUAAAACUCUUUUUUGUGGCUUCAGUAUUUGAACAGUGUUUGCUACUUUAGAAUAACCCAAAUGAUCAUUGUCUUUUAUGUUGGUGGACCGUUGGCCGAGUGUUGGAGCAUAGUGGCUUUACCAAACAGAAAAUAAAAAAAUGUCUUUGUUAGAAUCAGAUUUCUUAAAUCUGCAAUGCAUUUUUGACUGCUGAUACAGUGAAUUGCCUUGGUUGACACUUGAAAAUGAGUUGCUUCUUAUCAGAUGAAACUUGAUGAUUUAUAUCUAGUUUGGCUUUCAGGAACUGAAAGUUAAUAUAUUUUAUAGAGAAAAAAGAUAUUAUGUAUGAGCACCCUCACUGUAUGAAUAAAAAAU